AUGCAAGAAAUGCGUGUGAACGAUAUUGUGAAAGGACGAUACUCCACCUACCAGCUGCAGGACCUCAUCGGCAAGGGUGGCAACGCGGUGGUGUAUAGCGCCAUUGAUCGGAGUACGGGGCUUGUAGUGGCUGUUAAAAAAAUUAUGGCCUCGGAUGACACGGUGAUGGCAACGUGGCGUAAGGAGGUUGCAAUCAUCAGUUCUCUCGAGAACCCGUACAUUAUCCGCUACAUUGAUCACGCCCGCUCUGGCAAUGCUUUCCUUAUCGUCACUGAGUACGCCCAGGGAGGUUCUCUGUUUCAGCAACUGAAGCGGAAUGGUCGUUUUAGCGAACGGGAAGUGGCGCGUUUUAUGUUCCAAAUUACCGCUGGACUUGCGUAUAUUCAUGAAAAGAAGUUUCUGCAUCGUGACCUCAAGUGCGCCAACGUCCUCAUUGGGGCUGGGGAUGUUGUGAAGCUGUCGGACUUUGGUCUUGCCAUGCCGCGUCAUGUUGUGCGGGACGACCCCAGUGGUGGCGAGGAGGGUGCGGAGUUGGGUCCACCGGUGGUCGCUGUAAACAUGGAGGAAGGUGUGGUGGGCUCCGUAUACUGGAUGGCACCGGAGACCAUCCGCGGUGAGCCACAGAAUGAGAGCAGCGAUAUUUGGUCGCUCGGUUG